ACCUAAUAUAAUAAUGCCACACGUUACGUUAGAAUAAAUUCACCGAUGGUGACCUAAAACGCUAGUACAAGACCACCUCAUAGUGUGUUUGUGGGUUUUACUGUCGUGGACUCGUAAUUUUUCUCUAAAAGUCCAUGGGCCUCCAUGUAACAAUCCUAAAAGGACAUCUCAUGUACUUUCUUAUGACACGUGUCUAGCUGUUUGGUAAGAAUUGCGCCGUUUAUUGGUCAAUCUGAUAUCUUAAGAUGGGCCCAGUCUCUCACUUUUCUUCCCCUUCAAAGGUCUCUCUUGCUUUUCUCGCCGAUCAGAUUGAAAGACCCAUGUCUCUGUUUCCGAUCUUAACCGCCUCGUUCCUCUUCCUCUCCCUUUUCUCCGUCACUCCGCCUUUCAUCACCGCCGCUACAGCCGACGACUUGCCAACGGCGUAUUCUCUCCUCCAGAGCUACAACUUCCCCGUCGGAAUCCUCCCUAAAGGAGUCUCAUCGUACGAUCUGGACAAAUCCACAGGAAAGUUCCACGCGUAUUUCAACAAGUCGUGCAGCUUCGCUCUCCAAGGCUCUUACCAAUUGGAUUACAAGUCGACGAUCUCCGGCGUCAUAUCGGAGAACAAGCUCACGAAGCUUACCGGCGUGAAGGUGAAGGUGCUUUUCAUGUGGCUCAACAUCGUUGAGGUUCUCAGGAAGGGAGACCAGCUCGAGUUCUCCGUCGGGAUCACUUCAGCGAAUUUCGCCAUUGGAGAGUUUUACGAGUCGCCGCAGUGUGGAUGCGGGUUUGAUUGCAAUGGAUUGAAGUUGAAAAGUGAGAGUUUGGGAAGAAGAAACUCUUUUGUUUCUUCGGUCUGAAGGAAGUUUGACUUUUCUUUCUUACAGAAAGUCAAACUCUUUGGAUGCUUUGUUCUUUUACCAAUCAGUUGUCAACUUUAUGUUUCUGUGGGUAAUUUUUUUUUUUUUAAUGUUUCUGUGGUGCUGCUUCAAUCUUCUUUUUUUUGGUAUUCAAGGAUCCUUUUUAGAGUAAACCAACCAAUGUGUUGAAUCUCCAUGAUAAAUGUUAGAUAUUUUGCUUA